AUGUCACGCCGGAAGCAGAAACGACCCCAGCAGCUCGUCAACGCGGAUCCGGGGGGCCCGAGGCUGCUAUCGCACGAUGACCAACUGGGCGUGAAGUCGCCGUCCACAUCUCUUGGCUCAGAGCUUACCUCAUCAGGCUCAUCCUCCUCCUCCCCCUCCUCCCUCCAGGACUGCCAGCCUCCUCUGGCUCCUCGCCCGUCCCCCGGCGGGCUCCAUGCGCCGUCUUUGCCCAGCGAGAGCUCUCCUCCCCCCCACUGGCCCAGCCACAUUGCCCCCUACACCACCUCCCUCCCCAAUACCCACUCCUCCCUCUCUCCAGACUUCCCUCACCCGUCUCUGUCCUCCCAGACGCACUCUCCCCCUCAUCUGGCUCCGACCUCUGGCACCCACACCCAUCCUAACUCCACCAUGACUUCCCCGCCCAACGGCAGCUCUGUAACCACCACAACCUCCUCUUCCUCUCUGUCUUCCUCCUCCUCUCAGUGUGUGCCAGCUCAACGUGACAGCUCUAGCCCUGGCCGACAGCCACCGCCAGUGGCUGCUGCCAGCCCCCCAGGAUCACGGGGUCAGAUCCAUGUACCUCCAACUCUGGCGGUGCUGCUGGAGGAGCUCAGGGUUUUGCAGCAAAGGCAAAUACACCAGAUGCAAAUGACGGAAGAGAUCUGCAGACAUGUUCUGAGGCUCGGCGGAGCCGUCUUCGCUCAGGAUAACAACCAAUCGGUGGGCAGUGCAGAGAGCCACCAGAAGUCCAAUGGCCCUGGCUCUCCCUCGCGGACACAGCCCUCUGCCACCACCACCGCUGCUCCUGCAACUUCAGCGGCGACGCUCCUCACCAGUCUCCCAUCUUCCCUGUUCACCGCUCUGUCGGCAUCGAAAUCCAAUGUUUUACACACAAACGGAGGCAAAGCAGCGUCCUCUUCUUCCUCACUGUCACUCUCAUCCUCCUCCUCCACCACCCCUAUUUCCUCCACCAUCAGCUCCUCCGUUGCAUCCCUACACCCACUUUCUUUGUCACUGGGCCUACCGCCGCGCUACCUCCACGAGAAAACCUCCAACACCUCCCCAUUUGGUCACAGCAAUGGUGUCAGCUUCCCGACUCCGCUCCCCGCCGCCAGUCACUCCCAGGACCACCACCUCCAGCCCAGCUCCUCCCUGGGCUCCGCUUCCUCCUUGGGGCGUCCACAGCAUGCCUGUCGAUUUUGUGGGAAGGUUUUGAGCAGUGACUCAUCCCUUCAGAUCCAUCUGAGGUCGCAUACAGGUGAGAGGCCCUACCAGUGUCCAGUCUGCCUCAGCCGUUUUACAACCAGAGGAAACCUUAAAGCGCACUUCCUUCGGCACCGGGAGCAAAACCCCGAGUUGUCACUCUCAUUGCUGCCACCAGCUCUGUCUGAGCAGAUGCCUCCGGGCUCUGCUACCCAGAGACGGAGGAAGCGGCGGGCUGAGGAUGACGAGCAUUUUAACGGGGUGAAAGGGAGCAUUCCUGGGAUGACAGAAAGCAUGGCAUUAGGGUUCCUGUCCAGCGCUUCUGCUCAGCCCUCGCCAUCAUCGCUCCCUCUGCCGCCGUCGGUGGACAUGGCACUGCUGUCCACUGCCCAUUCGUUGCUACAGCUUAAUCGAGCCUCAGCCACGGCAGCCGCCACCAUGCCUGGUGCUGCCUUACCCUCCUCCUCCUCCUCCUCUUCCUCACCAGCCUCUUCCUCCUCCUCCUCUAUGGGUGGCCAGUUCAAAGCAGCGAAACAGCAGCGUUUUGAUGAGAACACGCCUCCUCAUUCUGCGCUCCAUGCUGGAUCCCCAUACUCCCAGCUGGCGCACCUCCCCAAGAUCCUCUUUCCCGGAGGUGCCUCACCUCACCACCUCGCCCUCCUCCGUGCCCCGACUCACCCAUCCACCUCCCACCUCACUUCCGCUCAUCAACUCCACUUCCCUUUUCCACCAUUCCCUAAGCCGUCGACCUCCUCGCCCUCCUCUUCGUCUCCUGCUGUCUCCACUCAGACGUCGGACACCACAAAGUUACAGAGGCUGGUGCAAAAGCUUGAGAAGCAGCCCCAGGGAGGUGGAGGGGUGGCUUCCUCUUCCUCCCCAUCCCCUUCCACCUCCUCCUCACACGCCCAAUCUGAGUCAACCGCCAAUGGGGAGACGCACGGUCAUGAUUUGACCACUGCUUCCAGUGCCUACCGCCGAGAAAUGCUAGCUGCUCUGGGCCUCGGCCCCAGCGCCAACACUGGAGGACCGGUGAGCAGCCAAGCACUCCUUGGGUCCACUACUGUGACCACCAUUUCCCCUUCUCUACCUACCACACUAGCUGCCAACCAGUGCGGUGUUUGCCUGCGUAUCCUCAGCUGUCCUCGCGCCUUGCGUCUGCAUCAGGCCACACAUCUGGGAGAGCGCCCCUUCCCGUGUAAGCUAUGCGGUCGUUCUUUCUCCACCAAGGGAAGCCUCAGGGCCCAUCUAGCGACCCACCGUGCUCGUCCUCCCAACGCUCGAGCUCAAAACUCCUGCCCGCUGUGCCCGCGCAAGUUCACCAAUGCACUGGUUCUGCAGCACCACAUCCGUCUGCACCUGGGAGGGCAAAUACCGCCAGAGGAUGAGAUGCCCACCGAAGAUGGCACCGAACUGGGCCACGCUGGUCUCAUGGAUGGGGAUAACGACAGCUUCGAUUCUCCAUCCAAGCACCAGCAAAUCCUCCCCCUCGCACUAACCAAGGCCAGCAGCGUUCGAGACUUGCCGCCCUCCUCCAAACAACCAAUGACCCCCGAUUCCAUCUCUUUAAAGAUGGAGGAGUCUGAGGCUGCCACAGCCAGUCGCAGCCCAUCUCUGACCCGUAAUCCCCCCGUAGCAGGAGCUGAAGACCCCCUGCCGCUGGUAGAUAACUCCCAAGUUGGUAACAGCUCUGUGAAUGAUUCCAAGUACUCUGCUGAGGAGGCGCAAGAUGACCCGGUCAGCACCAGCCCCUUCAAAGUAGCUGUAGCUAGUUCUCAUUCAGCUUUGGUCAACGGGGAGGCACAGGAGGAGGAUGCCCCUCUUUCCCUCUGUGUUUCAAAGGUGGAUAGCAAUGUGAUGCCAAGUAAGGUCAAUAAUGAAGCCUCCAUGUUUACAGAAAACCAAGCUUGCUCAACAGAUGAGGUCACCCGUAGCCCUGAAUCUACCCCAAAGUCCCCGGCCCGUGGACCUUUACCGGCGCUCACGCCUCCUGCUAGUCCGAAAGCGAUGGUAGCUACAGGGGAGACAUCUACCGGUAUACCACAAGAGCUCGAUAGAGACGCGACCCAAAGUAAAGGGGAGAGUGAGACCAUUGCACCAAAAGACUCUCUACCAGUGCCGGAUCCAGAGCGGGAGAAGGAAACGCUGAUGGAGGAGAACAGCGGCACUCCAGAGAAACAUGCCAAGGAUCCAGAGCCCUCUUUGCCAACACCAGCACCACCCAGCCAACCUCCUCGCCCCGACAAACCCUACAGCUGCCCCCAGUGUGGGAAGGCCUAUGCCAGCCGCAGCGGACUUAAGGGCCACAUGAAAACACACCCGGGCGCAGCGGCCAGCACCUCCUCCAAAGGUCAAACAAACGACAGUGACGUUACGGAGCACCGUAGUUCACAUUCAGCCAUUAAGAGUCCCGAAAAGCAGGAUGAAAAGCAGGGGACGACGAAAUCCCCCGAGAAAGACAACAGCCCGGAUCCUCCGCCGGUCGGCGUGGACGGGGAGAAACCUCUGGACUCGAAGGUGUAG